CUUUUUCUCUUUUUUCUCUUUUAUCUUCCUAUGUCUGUCGCAGCAACAAAGCAAAAACAUAUCGAAAGUGACUCUGACAGCAAAAUAAUGGUCCAGGAACAGCGUCUUUCUUGGAUUCCUCUAGAAGGAAAUCCAGAUGUGUGGAACAAGCAAUGUACAGCUUGUCCAUGAAAACGGUAUUGACCGAGCUUGGACAUUUAACGACGUAUAUGGAUUCGACGCAGACUUACUCGGUUUGAUCCCUCGACCAGUAAAAGCCAUAAAUUUCUUAUAUCCUACAAUGGCAGAAGGAAACGCACAAUACGUUAAAGAGCAAGAAGCAAGGAUUAUAAAGGAGGACCAAACUGUUAGUCCACACGUUAUGUAUUUUAAACAAACCAUACAUAAUGCAUGCGGAAUGAUGGCACUCAUCCACUCGUUGGCAAAUAACAGCGACAUUGUGGGACCCGGUUUGUUCCGUACUUUAAUUGACAAGGCGCAGCACUUGACAGUGGAUGAACGAGUAGAUUUACUGGAAACCAGCAAUGAACUUGCAUCAGUCCAUGAAACCGCUGGAAGAGCUGGUGAAACACAGGCACCAGCGGCCGAAGCGGAAGUUGAAGUCCAUUAUGCAUGCUUCACAGAGAUGGAUGGAGAUCUUUACGAGCUGGAUGGUGGCAAGCCGUUUCCUAUAAACCAUGGGCCGUGUACCGACCUUGUGGAGGGUGAAGCAGCAAAAGUAGUAGUAGAAACAGCUGCAUUGCAUUGGUAUGCAACCAGUCAUGUGAGAGUAUAACUGACAAGGUAUUCGUAUCAAUGAUGAUUAGUGCGCUGCUCGUGUGAUCCUUCAGAUCAUGGAACGCGACCCAGAUCGACAAGACUACAGUGCUAUGGUUUUAUCCAAACCUUAAGUCUUUCAAGACAAAUAAAAAAAUAUGAUAUUAUAAC